CGCCGACGAAAGUGCCAAACAAAACAGUCAAGCUGCAUCUUCAAAUCUUGGAUCCUGUCACACGGCGGAGAGUUGGACCGGCCUUACGGUCUCGUUUUCUCCAAUCUGUGGCAGUGCGGGCGCUGAUUGGGGACCGAGCACUUGGCACCAACCCAAGACAGGGACAGGGUACAUUGUGAUGAGCAAGGGGCUGAGAGCCCCUCACUAGCAAACUUUCUCAUGGCCGCUGCGUCGCUGUGUUAGUGGAGAGGAUGUUGAGCCAAGCUCCCCAUGGUGGGAGAAUGCACGCGAUCACACCCGAGAGCGAAGCUAGCUCAGAAUAGUAACAGACAGCUGAACGCGGUCGCGCUGGGAUCCGAAGUUUAAUACAAGAUGGGGUUGAGAACCGCCCGCUCUCAAUUUCCCACUGCUCUGUGGCCGACGUCACGACAUUUCACUCGUUCAGCAUCGCAAUGAUGGCGGCAACGACGUCGAUCAUGGCCCGCCUGGCCCUCUUUGUCUUGUUUCUUUCCCAUCUCCAACCCGCGCUCGCGUCCUUUUACACAGUCACCUCAUACUUUGCGCUCACUGAGACCGAGUCAAAGCUGUACUCGACAUGCACCGAAGACUGUCGCUACUAUACCGUGACGAGAACCAGCACGAUUCACCCGACGGUCACGCCCACCGCGGACCCCAUUUCUACGACCACCAGAACUUACACCUAUGAUGACCUCGAGGUCGUUAGCGUCUUCGUUGCAGCGAGCGACGUCGACGAUGACGAUCUUGUCACGGGAAGGAUCAGACCCGUUAGCAACAUCUACACCGAGUACGUGGUUCCCGUGGUUUGGACAGCGCCCUCAUCCUGCCCCACGGCUUUCAGGGUCACAACCUACUCCCGCGUCUACCUGCCGUAUGAUGUGAGGCCGCACAUGACGGCUGCCUCAACUGCCACCUCGAUAUACACAAACACCCGGCAAAGGGAAACGGUAACCUGGGUGACCAAAAUCAUCGACGUGACCGCUAUUCCUCCGUCGUCACGCCCCACGGGCGAACCAACGAGCGAAUACUACUACACGCGCUAUGUAGAGAACUGCCGCAACCCCACGGCGACGGGUGGCGCAGAGUACUACGGCCCGACCUACACCGCGGGGAGCGGCGGCAGUGACAGCGGCAGCGGCGACGGCUCGUGGACCGAAGACGACGACUGGGACUCGGACUGGAACGUCUGUUCGGCGUACACGGGGUGCGUGGCGCUGGCGACGUGGGUUAUUGUGAUCGCGGUGCUCCUCCCGACCAUCUUCUUGAUCGGCUUCAUCGAGUCGUACUGCUGGUUCCGGCGCAUGAUGCUGGGCCGGAGCGCCCUGCGCCUGGGCACCAUCUGCUGGUGCGUCAUGUCGCUGUGGUUCAUCCUGCUCACGCGCAAGUCCAAGGCCCGGAGCCCGGAGGACCAGGAACUGCUGAAGAAGUACUGGGCUACCCUGAGCGCCGGCACUAGGAUCAAGUACUGGUUCAAGUACGGCUUCCGCUGGAGAUACCCCGUCGAGCUGCUGGGUAACCCGGAUGGCAAUAAUCCUAUCAUCGUUGCUGCGCCGCCGGGCCAGUUCCCGCCUGGCCAGCCGGGAGACGGGUCUGAGAAGCCGCAGGCCACAGCACAACAACAGCCGGUAUAUAACAUGCAGCCUGGGCAGCAGCCCUACCCGGGGCAGCCGUACAUGCAACCCGUUCCCGGGCAGCCGUACAUGCAACCUGUUCCGGCGCAGCCAUACAUGCAGCCGUAUCCCGGGCAGCCGGGUGUGCCCCCUCCCCAGGGAUACAUGAUGCCUCCGCCAGGCCAGCAGCCAAAUUUCCAGUAUGGAUUCGCGCCGCAGAUGGGUAAUGGGCAGCCGCAGCAACCGCAACAGCAGGGGCAGCAGCAACAGCAAGGACAGCAGGGCAUGCAGCCACCCUACAUGCCCACACCCUCCCCGGCACAGACAGGGACCACCGAGCUUCCCUCAGCGCAGCCAACGCCGCCACCCGGCCACGAGUCUCAGCCCUCCCCACCGGUGCACCAGCAACAACAACAGCAACAACCACCUCCUUAGACGGGACAUUCCUCGCCCCCCUUUUCUCAUGACAUAUUUUCUUUUUCUUCAUGGCAACUUCGUUAGACUUCUCCCAACACAACGCAAGUCAGUCUGCAGCCGUCUCAGCAAUGUCUAAUGUGGAGGAGUGGAGGGCUUUAUUAGGGGCUUUAUGUAUGGAUGAGCAGUUUGCAAAUGAUACCAACCUUGUUUUCUUCCAUGCGCACCGCACCUUUCACCUGCUUGAUGUUGAGCUUCGUCAUAAUUCUUGUGGAAAUCAAUAUCAUCCACCCUUUUCCCCGACCUUCACGCUCCAAGUUUUGGCUGUUUACUGUGAUUUGAUCUAGUUAGCGUGUUUUCCGACAGCUGCCAUUGUCAGACAACCGGAAGGAUUUGGUGUUUGAGUUGCUGAUCCGACUGGGCAACUGCGGACAAAAACAUUUCAAAACGUUUUCUCGCCCCCACCCUGCUGCCCGAC